AUGGAUCAGCAGCUGAACAGCAAAGCAUGGACAUGUGAUUGGAAAGGGCAGGGAAGAGCAGCCUCCGGUGGGACUAAGCGUCGCCCAGUCCAGCAAGCAGAGGUGGAACCAUUCACAGUGACAUGGGAUUUACAGGAUGAAGAUGUCCACUCUGAGACCAGCUUUCAGACCGGAAAGGCAGGAGAGGAUUCCUUCUCUGAUUGUUACAUAGAAUGCAUAAUUAGAGGUGAGUUUUCAGAACCCAUUCUGGAUAAGGACAUACUUCUGAAGUCCUUUGCACCAGAGCAAGAGCUUUCUCGACAGGUUCUUGCAGCGAGCUCUUUCAUUGAACAUUCUUUGGGAUGCAAUACAGUAGAGGCAAAACAAGCACUUUCUCCACAGAGUGCUGGAGAGAAUUCACUUGUUAAGUAUUCUGGAUACGCGGCAGGCAUAAAUUUCAAUGUGGCUCCUGGAGGAAUACCUAGCAUGGAUGUACCAGUUCCUAAGAAGCUUGCUAAAUUGAUGCCAAAAGGAAAUAUAAAUACAGAGCACGCUGUGCCAGAAAAUAUUUGCCCUCAGCAUGGAUGUGGCAAAAAGUUCAAAGAUAAAGCAUCCCUGAAAAAACAUGUCCGUACUCACGGGCCCCGAGAUAACGUGUGUGCUGAAUGUGGAAGGGCAUUUUUGGAGAAGUCAAAACUAAAUAGACAUUUCCUGAUUCACACUGGAGAGAGGCCGUUUCAGUGCACCUACGAAGGGUGUGGGAAACGCUUUGCCCUGGACUUCAAUUUGCGUACACAUGUGCGCAUCCACACCAAUGAGAAAUACUAUGCGUGUCCCUUUAAAGGCUGUAAGAAGAAGUUUGUGCGGUCAGAUAACCUGAAACUUCAUGUCUUAACUCAUGAAAGCACCAAGGAGGAUCAGUGA